AUGAGUGGACGUUUCACUGCUCUUAGAACACUCUACACGCAUCCCAAAGACGUCUAUGACGUCGUGGUCGUUGGCGGUGGUCAUAACGGUCUAACAGCGGCGGCGUACAUGGCUCGUGCUGGAAAACGUGUUUGCCUGCUGGAAAGAAGAACACUGCUAGGAGGAGCAGCAGUUACUGAAGAGAUUGUGCCGAGUUUUAAAUUCUCUCGCGCAUCUUAUCUACUGAGCUUGCUUCGGCCUGUUAUUAUAGAUGACCUCAAACUCAAGGAACAUGGACUCCGCUAUCACGUCAGAAAUCCAUCCUCAUUCACGCCAAUUCGUGAUUCUAAUAAAAGUCUACUGCUUGGAUUGGACAUGAACGAAAACUGCAAGCAAAUAGCAAAGUUUUCUCAACGUGAUGCUGAAAAAUUUCCUAAGUAUGAGCAAUUUAUCGAACGGAUUGUGUACGCUCUCGAGUCACACAUGGACCACGUCCCACACAAUUUUCACGAAAAAUCCAAAUGGAAAUUGCUUAAGAAUAGGUGGAAAAUACGUGAAAUGAUCAAGUCUGGUAAAAAGAGUAUGAUUCCAUUACCAGAGAUGAAACGACUCAUUAAUUUUAUUACAGUACGCCACAUUGGUGCCAACAACGCCGUCGAAUUUUACGAAUUGAUGACAGCUCCAAUCGCAAAGGUAAUGGAAAAGUGGUUCGAGAGCGAUGUGCUGAAGGCGACUCUGGGUACUGAUGGUAUCAUAGGAUUUGCAGCCAGUCCUUACGAUGCCGGAACUGGUUAUGUUCUACUCCACCAUGUUCUGGGAGGACUGGACAAUCGGAGAGGAGCUUGGGGAUAUGUGAUAGGUGGCAUGGGAGAGGUGUCUCAGGCGAUCGCAAAAGCGGCAAGAAAGCAUGGUGCUGAGAUUUUCACUGGUCAGGAAGUGGUAGAGAUCCUUGUAGACCGCGGCAGUGCUAAAGGAGUUCUCCUGUCGAAUGGAAAAGAAGUUCACGCGAAAAUGGUGUUCUCAAACGCUACACCGAAGAUCACCUUCGAGGAUCUGUUGCCUAAAUCCAACCUUCCUCAAGAGUUCCUCAGCGCCGUGCAAUCCAUAGAUUACACUUCACCCGUAACAAAAAUAAAUGUGGCUGUCGCUGAACUGCCUUCAUUUACGUGCAAUCCGAACUCUGGAAAACGACCACUGCCUCAUCAUCAGACGACAAUUCAUAUGAACUGUGAGCACAUGGACACUAUUCACGGCGCGUUCACUGACUUUAUGAAUGGCAAUUGGAGCCGAAGGCCGGUUAUCGAGAUGACAAUUCCGUCAUCGAUCGACCGAUCGUUGGUCGCGGAUGACUCGUCGCAUGUAAUCUCACUGUUCACACAGUACACCCCGUAUCAACUAAAGGAAGGCCAGUGGACGGACGAGACCAAGAAGUGCUACGCCAAACACGUGUUCAGUGAAAUUGACGCCUACGCUCCGAAUUUCUCUUCCUCAGUCAUUGAUUACGAAGUUCUUCCACCACCAGAUAUUGAAAGGAUUUUCGGAUUGACUGGAGGAAAUAUCUUCCACGGCGCCAUGACGCUUGACCAACUCUAUUUCGCCCGUCCCGUACCUCAAUUCAGUAGCUUCCGCACUCCAAUUCGAGAGCUAUAUCUUUGUGGAAGUGGUGCACAUCCAGGCGGAGGAGUGACGGGAGCACCAGGACGACUGGCAGCGCUGACUGCCUUGGAAGAAUAG